AUGCCCCUUCCCCAUUUCUCGGCUCUCUCCCCGCGCGUAUCCCGCUCUUCCGUUUCCGCCGCCUUCUCUUGCGCGGCGCAGCGCCUCUCCGCCAGUGGAACCCCCCGCGCGACACCCCUUUCCGCUUCCACCUCACGCGCCCUUCUAGCUCCCCCUGCCGCGCAUCCGCGUGUUGAUUCCGCAACCACCGUUCUUCCGCCGAGCUUUCCGCUCGACCGCUGCGGAUAUUCUUUCCGCAAAUCCCGCGCGAUCACCGGCAAUUCCGCAAAGCUUGCGAGCGGGAUACUCAUUCCUACCUGUAACGCGUCCGCUUUUUCCGCCAGUGCGCGCGCAGUUUCCGCGAGAGCUCAGAUGGCGUCCGCAGCCGUUGGCGACGCGGGAAGCGUGCCGGAGAUUAAAGGACGCGUGGAGGCGAACGGCAUGGCGGUGCUGACGAUGGAUCGCCCCAAGGCGCUCAACGCCAUGAAUCUAGGCAUGGACCGAGCGUACAAGGCGCUGCUGGACGAGUGGGCGGUCGACCCGCGCGUGAAGGCGGUGGUGGUGGAAGGAUCCACUCCGCGCGCCUUCUCCGCUGGCAUGGACAUCAAGGGGGCGGUGGGAUACAUCAAGGAGGAUAUCAACACGCCCUAUGUGCCUCAGGUAUUCACAGCGGAGUACACGCUCAUCUGCGCCAUAGCGCGCUAUCCCAAGCCCUACAUCGCUCUCAUGGACGGGGUCACCAUGGGCUUUGGCCUCGGCCUCUCCGCCCACGGCCGCUACCGCGUGGUCACUGAGCGAGCCCUGAUGGCCAUGCCAGAGAACGCCAUUGGUCUCUUCCCGGACGUGGGCUUUGCACGCAUUGCUGCUCUCUCGCCCGCCGGCGGUGCUCUGGGUCACACGUACAUGGGCAUGACGGGCGCGCGCAUCAGCACGCCCCACGAUGCCCUACUGGCAGGCCUGGCCACACAUUAUGUGCCCUCCACUGCUCUCCCCACCCUCAAAGAGGAUCUGCUCCAAGCUGACUUGUGCGUGCUGGACGGUGCUGACAGCAGUGCGUCCGCCUCCGCCCCUGCAGACGCCUCCUCUCUGGUAGAGACCAUCCUGUCCCGCCACACACAGCCCACCACAGCAGCAGCAGGGGGGGAAGGCGCGGGGGUGGCGGGGUCCCAGAUAGAGGCGGUGCUGCCGGCCAUAGAGCGCUGCUUCCACCGCUCGCAAUGCCCCUCUGUGCCGCACGUGCUGGCUGCUCUGCGGGCCGAGGAGAAGAGCGCUGACAGCACUGUGUCCCAGUGGGCCAAAGACUCCCUACAGGCCAUGGCAAUAGGAGCGCCCUUCAGCCUUGCCAUCACGCUAAAGCACUUCCAUGCGCUCUCUGCUCGUGCUGCUGAUGCUGCCGCCACGGCGCCCAACCAGGCCGAGGCCGAGAAGCUGCUCCCUAUAGAGGACGUGAUGCGCACAGAGUACCGCAUGGCACUGCGCACAUCUGUCAGACCUGACUUUCUGGAGGGCGUCCGUGCCGUGCUCAUUGACAAGGACAAGUUCUCCCAAGUCGGGCAUGGGAGUGGUGGCCGUGAUGGCGGUGUGAACAUCCGUGGGCCUCCCGAGGCACUGCCUUACAAUGUGCGAGGAUUGAACCACAUCGCCAUUGCUGUCCCCGACCUCUCUGCUGCCUCGGAGUUCUACCGCACCACAUUCGGCGCGCAAGUUUCCGAGCCCCAUGAUCUGCCUGAGCAUGGAGUGCGCGUGGUCAUCGCUCAAGUGAGCAACUGUACAGUGGAGCUCCUGCACCCGCUUGGCGAGAAGAGUCCCAUUGCUAAGUUCCUCGAGAAGAACCCUAGAGGAGGAAUGCACCACCUCUGCUUCACUGUUGACGACAUUGGUGCUGCCUCCAAGCACGUGUCUACGGAGGGUAUUCGUGUUCUCGGAGAUGGCAAGCCCAAGAUUGGUGCUCAUGGAAACCCAGUGCUGUUCCUGGAUCCCCGUGACAACCUAGGUGUGCUGUGCGAGUUCGAGCAGGUUUCUUGUGCUGAGCCGCACAAGGCGUGA